UCAGACUUCUACCGGCAGUUUCUGGGAGAGAUAAGCUUUCUAUUCAUUGCGACGGUUUACUUUUUCCUCGGGAGAUGUUUCUAAUAGAAAAGGCUCAGUUGGGAUAUUCAUCAGUUUUUGCUCCUCUGGAGUUUGGUGGAGUUGACGACAGACAAGGAUAAAAUGAGCUGGGCGUCUCAGGAUCAUGGAAAACCUGGUCAGGCUCAAGAACGCCCCCUAUUUUCGUUGUGAGAGGGGAAGUGAUUUUGUCCCCAUGUGCCAGAAGUGUGAAACGUGUAUCUUGGCUUGGAAAAUCCUCUCUACCAAAGAGUGGUUCCAAAGGGUCGGCGAGAUAUCCCAGCGGAGGUUUCUAGUUAGCACCCUUGAUCAGUUGGAUAGCUUAUAUUUGUUACACUAUUUUCAAAAUAUCCUUCAGGCCACACAGGGGAAGGAUUUCAUCUAUAACAGGUGCCGGAUCAACCUCAGCAAGGAGGAGGGAAAAAUCGUGAAGUCCUCCUUGAAACAAAUGUUGGAUAGAACAGCAGAACAGAAGAUGAGGGAGAUUUUGUACUGGUUUAGGAACAGCACCCACCGGACUAAGGCAAAUUACACACUUUUGCUGCUUCAGAUGUGUAACCCCAAGUUACUGCUCACCGCGGCUGAUGUCCUCAGGGCCCUGGUUCUGAGAAAGCAGAGCAACAUCUCAGGGCUCAAUCAAGACUCCAACAAUGUAUUUUUGUUCCCUGAGAAAGACUCCAACCCCCGAUCUAAGACCUCGCGUGUCUACCGGGGAAUCAGAGCCAGGCACAUAUCCUUCCCUUUGUCCAAAGCUUCAGGAAAAGAAAACUUGCCUGAAAAUAUGGUGCGGGACACAUCUAAUACUGGAGAAUGGAAUAGUUCGCUCCAGUGUAUUUCCGAGAUGAAUAGGCUGUUUUCUAGAAAAGCAGACAUGCCCAACGCAGGGUGCGCCCCCUCCGAUCUGUUGGUUGACCUGGAUGCUGUCAGAUGCCUGUCUUCUGGGGUCAGCAAAUACCGGGACUUCAUCCGUCUCCUGCCCAUCCACCUCUCCAAGUAUACUCUAAGUAUGCUGGAUAAAAACACCCUGAACAGGUGUGCCUCUGUGAGCCAGCACUGGGCCGCACUGGUACAGCAGGUCAAGAUGGACCUGUCGACGCACACAUUCAUUCAGAACCAGAUUGCCAUCUUGCAGGGGUCCUACACAAGGGGAAUAGAUCCUAAUUACGCCAACAAGCUUUUUGUCCCGGUUCCUAAAGUGGCAGAUGAUGGAAAGCACAUGCGUAUGAAAAAUCAGAAAUGGAAACUGAUAACGAAGAGUGACUACAACCUGUGGGCCGCAUACCAGAACCAGGAGACCCAGCAGGUCCUGAUGGAGGAGAGAAAUGUCUUCUGUGGGACUUACAAUAUCCGCAUUCUCUCUGACACGUGGGACAGAAACAGAGUGAUUCACUAUUCAGGGGGAGAUUUGGUAGCUGUGUCAUUCAAUCGGAAGAUCCGGCUUCUGGACCUCAGACAAAUGAAGGAGAUGCCUGUUGAAUUCCGAGGCCAUGCUGGCAGUGUCCGAGCCCUCUUCUUGUGUGAGGAGGAAAACUUUCUUCUGAGCGGGAGUUAUGACCUGAGCAUCAGAUACUGGGAUCUGAAAAGUGGGGCUUGCAUACGAAUCUUCAGUGGCCACCAGGGGACAAUCACUUGCAUGGAUUUACAUAAGAAGAUGCUGGUAUCUGGAGCAAGAGAUUGCCAGGUGAAAGAGUGGGAUGUAGAGACAGGGAAAUGCCUGAAGACAUUUAAACACAAAGACCCCAUCUUGGCCAUCAGGAUCAACGACACCUACAUCGUGAGCAGCUGUGAGCGAGGGAUAGUCAAAGUGUGGCACAUUGUCAUGGCCCAGCUGGUAAAGACUCUCAGUGGCCAUGAGGGAGCCGUGAAGUGUCUGUGCUUUGACCAGUGGCACCUCCUCUCGGGAAGUACUGACGGCCUGGUCAUGGCCUGGAGUAUGGUGGGAAAGUACGAGCGAUGCCUCAUGGCCUUCAAGCAUCCAAAGGAGGUGCUCCACGUGGCCCUUCUCUUCCUCCGGGUCAUCAGUGCCUGUGCAGAUGGCAAGAUCCGCAUUUACAAUUUCCUAAAUGGGACCUGUCUGAAGGUGAUGAAGGCCAAUGGCAGAGGUGAUCCUGUGCUGUCCUUCUUUAUUAAGGGCAACAGGAUGGUGAUCAACAUGGAGAGCAAUGUUCUCCUGUUCCAGUUUGAGAAUAUAAAGUGGCAGUACUCCCUGGAACAGGCCAAACAAAAGAAGACCAAGAAUAAAGAGGAGGACAGGGAAGAAUGUGGCCUCACAGGCGUCCUCUCCAGGUCUAACGCUCAGGUUUACGGCUGGAGGGACUCCGUGCCCAGUAAACACAUCGUGGCCCAGGAGUCCCCGAUGAGUAAACCUCACAGGUCCCGCGUUCUCCUGAGGGCAGCCAGGUUCCCUACAGCAGUGUUAACAGAGGCAUCUCAAAGUCAAGGAAAGCCAAAACUAGCUAGAAGAGAGGGCAAGAAGAGAACAAGUCCUGUUUCUAAGGAAGCACAUGGCAUGGAUAGUGGGCAAGAGACUUUGGAAGAAAAAUCUCUCACAGGAGAUGAUGUGGAGGAAGUACAAAAACGAGGACAACUGAAAACUCCUGGAGACUUGACCAAUUGCCCAAAGAAAAUGUCCUGGCAGAUCCCUAUGUCGCCUGACUUGUUCCUCCUGACCGUUAACGCCCUGCAGCAAGCCCAUAAUUCAGCGGAGUUUGCCUAUCCCCGCAGGCCCCAAACCCCAGUCACGGAUGCCUGGGGGCCUGCAACUUCACACCCAAGGAAGGUCCUGAGUUUCAAAGGAAAAUCAGUCCAACAUGCAGUUGAUCGGUUGAGAUGCAGCAAUCCUCCCAUAGAUGUGAAACGAACUAAUGUUCCCCUUGAAAUCCAGAAACUGCAGCCCAAUUUGAAGAAAUCUUUGCACAGUCCCAGAGUCCAGUCCACCAUACCCCAGCCCACGAUUAUCCGUUCCAGAUUCUCUGGCACCCUGAAGGGUGAAGACCAAGGGACCAGUUCAAUUGAUGGGACAGCGCGCAGCUUUGGCCCCUUAACUAGUAUGCACGUCAUUAAACCAAACCACGUGCUGGCUUCGCCAGUGGGCGUGACAACUCAGCCUGUCAAGAAAGAACGGCUUUGCUUCCACACAACCCUCAAUCCCUUUAAAGUGAACACUGAGUUCAAGUUGUUGACUGCGAGGGAGGAGAAAGAGCACAGGGAAGCCAAGAUGAAGGAGUAUCAGGUCGGAAAGCCCACUGGAGUGGUCAAUCUAGAAAAAGCCAGCAAGGCUGCAUGGAUCAGGAAGAUCAAAGGCCUGCCUAUAGAUAAUUUCAUGAAGCAAGGGAAAAUAGCAGCCCCUGAACUUGGACAAAACGUAUUUAUCUGAACCAGCCUUAGGAAAUUACAAUGUCUUACGAUAAACAGAAUACCAAGUGGAUGUUGGUGUUUGGCCUCUGUUUUUUUUUGGUUUUGAUUUUUGACUGUCCCCAGGCACUUAAUGUGAGGACUCAUAAUUAUCUUCCUAUAAGCCAAAGAAUCGAUAUUUAUCACAGUAAGAAAACAGAGGGAGGCUGGGAGAGAUUGGCAUCUGUAUUCCCACUGAAAACCAUUCAAUGAGGCAUAUGGAAGCCCAGUUUCGUUGAUGGGGGAUGGGAAAGUGAUCACCGGAAAUUAAAUACCACUCACCAUUACCAAUUCAGUGCCAUCAUUUCUUCUUAGCAGAUGAACUGACGGGAUUAUAUCAGAAUAAUGAAUGCAUUGAAGGUCCCUGGUAUUGUCACAUGGAAGCCUGAUGAGGCUCAGUGAGUUCAAUUACGAACCUAAAGGGAGAAGCCCUCAAUGGGGUAGACCUACUGCAUUUGAGAACGUUAUGUGUGCUUUUCCUUCUCAGGGCUAACUUCUAUGGAAGAGAAUCAUAUUCAUCCUUUCUACAAAGAAGGCCACUAAUACUGAGUGUGUUGAGGUUUCCACUUAAACCUUCUGAGGCUGGUGUCAGCGACCAGGCAUGUAAUUUAGAAGAGUGCAGCCCACCAUGGGAGCUAUGGCCCACUGGGGGGCUCAAGCCCCAUCCAAACAGAAGAGAUCCUACUCAGUCGCUCAGCACGGCCAUAGGAUGGUAAUGAAUUCAAAUAGAAUGCAAAACAAAAACAACAAAAAAACAAACCCCACAACGUACACACUGGGUGGGCCACGAAAAACAUGGCAUGGGCAGACUAGAUGCACAGGCCACCUGUUCACAGCCUCUGCUUUUCACCUCCAAGUGCAGAAAUAGAAUUGUUUGCCAAGCUUUCUCUCCUUUGAGAAGUUUUUCCCCAUUAUUAGGAUAUUAGGUUUAAAGUAGCACUAGCAAAUAACCUUGUAAAAAUUGUGAUUUUAAUGGAAAGAAUUCCCUCAAAGAAAUGUGCUAAUACAUAUUAUUUCAUGAAUCUUCC